AUGUGUCACGACGAAUACUUAAAACGACCGCAUGUUUUUAAUUUUACCCCCUCCUGCACGCCUUGCGACUGUGAUGACUCCUGUGUCAGAAAAUCAAGCUGUUGUCCUUCGAAAUUCCUCCGCCAUGAUGCUGAUGACUUGACACGUCCAUCAUUAUCCUGUGUACAGCCUCUCUGGAACCCACACCCUGGGUUCAAUGUAAAGUCAUACUGGUUAAUUGAUAACUGCCCCAAUGGGGAGAGCUGUCAUUUGCCACAAUUACAGGCAAAUAAUAUAUCUCUUUCUACUCCAGUUACCUCCCUUCUCACCAACGAAUCCUACAAAAAUAUCCACUGUGCUCUCUGCCACAAUGAAAGUACAUUAGAUUUAAUAUUUUGGAAACAAAACCAAGUUCUUUGUAGAAAAAGGUCGGAUCUUUUACUGAGAAAAACUCCUGAAGAACUCCAGCAAUUCGUUUUCAGGGAAGAUCCCAGAUGCAAUGUUUUGUUUUAUCCACCCCGCUCAUUAGAGGACACAAUAAAACCGUGUGUUUACGUGCAUGAUGUACCAGAAAACCUUUCCAGUUUAGUAGAUGCAGACAGACCAUACUUGAUUCAGGCGUGCAAUAAAUACUAUGUACCUUACACUAAUUGUCACCACACAUUCAAAAAUGUAUUCUGUGCUUUGUGCUACCAAGAAUCACUUUUUGGUGCCAUAAAACAAAUGCCUAUCGAAUGUAAAGAGGACAAUACUGAUAGGUUAGAUUACUUCAAAACUUUUUCUGCUUUGUUGGAUUUCGACAAAGAAAGAGAAGUACCAACACUGGAGAAUGAAAUUUGUGCGUGGGAUCAAAUGUACGAUAACCGUAUGGGGAAAUGUCUAGAUCUAACCUGUGAAAAAGAAUAUGUCUUAGACCAGAACCCUGUGGAUUGCCGUCCUAAGUUCUUCGAGUGGGGAGAAAACAUCUACGAGCUGAGCAUGAUAUUCAAAUUCUCACGUCAAGUUGAUAAAGAGGCCGUUGAUAACUUAACACCGUAUCUAAUGAAUAUUUUAAAGAAAAAAGUGACACAGAAUAACUUUAGCGAGUACUUGUGUGUGAUAAGGAUCUUUGAACUGGACGAUAACAAUGAAUGGUAUUUUGGAGCUCUCAUAGGAUUUGCCAUCAACAAAAAACAUGACAUUGAUAACAUGAUCGAAAAACUAAUACGUAUCUUUGAGAAAGAUGAUGCUAAUCUACAUGGUUAUGACGUGAAUAUUUCCAGUUCUAUACUAGGACAAAGGUUUCAUUUGAGUCAGAAUAAUGGACAUUUUGAAUUUUCUCCUUGUCGCAAGUAUCUUAAUCCCAUGACUCUCGCAGAAAUAAUUCCAUCAUCUAGUUUAGAACUUCAAAGUUCAUUUCUUUGUACAGAAGUUUCAUCUACAAUAGUUGUGGCCGAUUGGUACCGUUGCCCGAAAAAACAAAAAUCGCAGUGUCAAAUAUGGAACCUAGAGGACACAGUUGAUGAUCUCGAACAAUAUGGUAGGAGAAAUUCACUGAGAUUUCACAACUGUCCUGUACCAGGAGAAGGAUCGGAUACGGAUAAAACCGUCAUCGACAUCUGUAAACAACGUCUAGCAAUUGAACUCAAAGAUGAUGAUAUCUUCAGAUCACACCCAAUAGGGAAACCAAACAAAGAUGGUAACAUCCAAAUCAUCUGCCGCUUCAAAAACUGGAAGAUUAAAAACAAAAUCUAUUUGGCUAAACGGAAUCUCAAGAAAUCCGGCAUCUUCAUUACAGAAGACCUGACCAAAUACAGACAGGGUAUAGUGAAGGAACUAGCGAGUGCUAAAAAAGCUGAAAGAGUUCAUUCUUUCUGUACCAGUGAUGGCAGAAUCUUUACCAAACUGUAUGACAAAGGUCAUAAAUAUCUAAUUCGCUGUAUUAAAGAUCUACACGAUCUUGCUCCACCUCAGUGGACAUCAUCUGACCCUGAAGCUGAAACAUCCGACAACCAGUAUUAG